CCGUAAAAGGGCUUCACUUGCCCGUAACAACUUCCCCGCCCGUAAGGACUUCCCCGUACCGAUUCCUACUUUCUUUGAAAUGCAUACGGGGAAGACCUUGCUGCGCAACACGCUGGUGUGCCUCGGCUCGCUCCUGGACAAGCUGCUCACCUGCACCGACCUGGCGGGACCCGACCGCCCUUUGGGCGAUGCGGAUGCCUGCAUGGCUGCCCCCGACUGCGUGUGGACGACCCGAUCCGCCGUAGAGCCAAUUCCUGAAUAUCUGGACCUCAUACAGCAGGGCGGCGGCGCAAAUCUUCGCGUGCUCAACACCAGCACUCCGUGGCUCAACACCACCACCUACAACACCACCGCCGCCGGCAAUGCCACCGGAAAUGCCACCUACAACAACCUCUUAUAUGGUGCAGUGUUCGACGCGGAUAACAUGAUCAGCAUCCUGCAGGGCCUGAUGCGCUACCUCACAGGUGUGAAUGUGUGAUCGAGUUUAUCUUGCUUGUUGUGUGGUGGGCGGUCCGGAGAGAGUGCUAGCUAGCUUACGGGGCAAGUGGGGAAGACAACAUACAUACGGUACAGGCGGAAAAAUCUAAAAAUACAUCUAGCCGAGUUUGGUGUGCCUGCUGCGGCUAGCGUGGCGGGUGCACCCGUGGAGCAACCCGGUGUAUGGGUGGGUGGGACCGUGGGUGGGUGCGUGCCCCCGGAAGGUCAGUGUUCUAUCUAUGUUACGUAUGUUAGCCUGACCUGUUUUGCAAUGCCACUGCAUGCUGCGUGAGCACCUCUGAAAUCUCCGAAAGACACGCGACAAGGACCACAUGCCUAUUACCGUACUGACGCUAUGAUAUUCAAAAUUGACAAAAUAAAUUAUUUCUGAGGAAAUGGACCCGAUAAAUUUAUUCCCAUCCCAUCUCGGGAUGUCGGGAUGUCGGGAUGUCGAUCGGGAAAAUGUCCAGGCGCGCGGGUUCGUGCCACUUGCCCUGUUGCCCACGCACAUGGUGUACACCAUAAGUCCUGUAACAACCCAUUUGCCGAACGUAACAUAUAUACGUAAACAUAUACAUAUCUUGCCAAAGCGAAGCCAGAAUGAGGUUAAGGGGUCGGAGCUGGAGAGUGCGGUGGUGACUAAGAUUGGGCUGAGCCUGGGGUGGGAGCCGACGUGGUGGGUGGAAGCCGCGGACGGAGGCCAGCCAACAGCUGGGAGCUGCUGUUUGAGACGGAUGGUUCUGAGAUGGCUGUGGGGGCGGAAGAGGAGUUAGACGGUGGAAGCGACAGCGAGGAUGACAUGCCGCUAGGCGCGCUGGUGCGAGCCGCGAUGGAGGGUGAGGAGGAGGUGGAUGGAGGCGCAGCAGUAGUGAGCGCGCGGCAGUAUGGUUGUGCGUGCAGCAGGCUGGCGGUGCGAUAUAUGGUACCGAGGAUGUUAGCCGUGACUGCCCAACGUCAGAAGUCCAGAACUGCAUGGGGGUUGGGGUGGAUGCGCGUACGUGCUGCAGUACAUGUGCGUGUGCGGUAUCACACGUCAUGUGCAUGGUUAGGAUUUCCGGCCCCCGCCCGCCUGUGAAAUUGACGGCCAAUCGCGCAAUUAAAAUUCUGAUACUUAAACCUGUCCCGCGGCAACCAGCUUAAAUUAUUAGAGAUAAGAUAUCAAGCGUCAGUACGGUAGGCCGUGCCUUGUGCUAUUGAUGCAUUCCCCUGGUCGGUCGUGGGUGGGUGCGCUACGGCACCGCCGGUCGGGAUGCCAUGGGAUUAAUUUCGGUCCAGGCGAGUUCGGCACAGCACUCCGCGAGAUGGGGCAUUACGAUUGUGCUUAUUGAGAGGAGUGCAUCAAUACCACUUUGGAAGAAAACGCAUGGGGUUCAAGGGGUGCACGGCACGGUUUGUGUGUAGGGGGGUGAGUUGGUUGGAUUGGCGGGAAGGUAGCUAGGGGGCCCGAAAGGUGAUGUAACAUGGGGCCGAA